AUGCCCUAUCGUCGAGUGUUCGUCUGCUAUACCCAUCCUUCCCAGUUCCAAGACAGACAACACCGCAACCAGGUCAAGUCAUAUGUGUCUACCAGAGCAUAUUGGAUAGGACGACGGGGCUGUCUGGGCGACAAACAUGGAUCUUCUCAAGAGACCCAAGAAAAGAGAGCAGAAGAGACCCCAUUGGAGUCAGAUGAGGAAGCCUCUUCGCUCAGCUUCAUCAAUUUCCCUACCGAGAAUCAAAUCCUGGCCGAGAAGCGAUCAGGACCCAUCACCAGAAAACGAAUUGAUGCCACAAGUCACAGACACGCAAUAAUGGAGGAAAGGGAUUCCACUCUAAAACUCAAUGACGACAAAAGGUUUCGAACCUUCCUGGAGGCAUCACCAUCCACAACGAUAGACUCCCUACCGGGAAUCCUGCAUCGGCAUUCUCAAGGGUUUGCUGCGGCCAACGAAUUCUAUCUCGAAGCGGUCGAUGCCAACUACGCUCCGAUAUCUCAGGUCUUCGACGUUGUCAACAUACUCGGAAAUAACUACUACAGACAAAUGCAAGAUGAAGAUGCCCUUCACGCAGGUGUAGCUGCAAUGCAGGUCGUAAGAGGCACAUUCUUGUCUUCUUCCUCACAGAGCGGGCUUUCCGAAGAAGUUCUGCGAUUCGUCCAGAUCGCCAUUUCGAAGCUACGGGAGCGAAUCGCAAGACACAAUUACUGCAACGAUGAUGCAACCAUCAUAAUAGUCUUAUUCCUGACGCAUCUAGCUAUGGUAUUCAAAGAUAUGGCUGCAUUCCGAAUGCAUCGAAGGGCGAUUAGAGAUAUGGUGCAGUCAAGGGGCGGUCUUGACAAGCUGAACCGAGAUAUGUCGGUCAGGUCAAGCGUGAAACAGUUUGAGACCUGGUGGAGCCGGCUACAUGGAGAUCCUAUGUUCGCCGAGCACAAGACUGCCCGUAUCGUGUUCUGUCCCAAGCCACCCUUCACGGCCGAGAUUCGAAAGAUCAUUGACAGGAUCCCGCCAGGCUUCCAGCGACUUGCCCAAAAUGGAAUCUUCUCGAUGGAUAUGAUCAUUCUCCUCGAGAGGAUUGCACACUACCAAAAGCUAGGCCUGACCGAUAAAUCUUCUGCACGUCCUAGACGACACAAUGACUUUGAUGAAGCCUGUCCCUCACUUCGCAUACCUGGACCGAACCUGGAGAGAUAUUUGAGCUUCUCCUUGUUGUUAUAUUCCAGCAUCACUUUCAGUCCGAAGAGAACUCUUCUGGAAGCAUGCCAUUUGGUUUUUGGCAUCCCUCGGUCGCUUUUGACGAAGGAGCUCACCUUGUUCUCCGGCAGUUCUCCAGACGAAACAAAGUGCCUUAUGUGGAUGUGGCUGGUUCUCAUCGCAUCCUGGACCGUUGCAAAUAGGACAAGGUCCAGCUCGGGGACUUCGCUGUCGCUCCAAUUGGUCAAAAAGUAUCCUGAGUUACGCCCUUGGACGGGAGUGAAGGACAUAUUGCAGGAGUUCUUUGCAUCUGAGGCACUGUUGGAGCCCCUUGAGCCCCUUUGGAGAGACUAUAUCGGUCUACACGGGCGUGUAGAUAUAGAUCUAGAACCCAAGCUGGGUGAAGUCGGCGAGGUAUAG